AGGGCAGCUUGAACAGCUUCAGUUCUUUUCGGUUCUACCCUCUCGCAUAUUCGUAAAACGUCGCGUACACAUUGUGGCCUCAGCCCUGCUUAAUCGCGACCAACCGAUUCAGAAGAUGAGCUUCCAACCAUGUUCAGAGGGAGGCAAUGACGUGGAGUCACCUACCCGCCUCAAUGAAACCCAUUCAGACGAACCUCGGCCUGAGAAACGCAAACGCACCAGCAAAGACGAUGCCCAAGGACCUUCGUGCUCAUUAUGUCGCAAGAGAAAGGCAAGGUGCUCACGAGAUCAACCAUGCGGCACAUGUAUCAAGCUCGGUGCCGAAUGCCUAUACGACCAGGAAAAGUCAAAGCCAGGCAUGCGAGCCGGGGCUAUUGAGACCUUGACCCAGCGCGUAGCGACUCUGGAAAAUAUGUUUGUUGGCCAAGGUGUCCUCUGGCAGCAGAUCUGGAACAGUAUCAACCAACAAAAUAACCAAGAGUAUGGACGAAAACCCGACUCUCAUCCAGAAAUGUCCAUCCAGCAGAUGGCAUCUGAUGUCCGAAGACAUCUUAGUGAAUUACCAUUGUCGGAAAUCGUUCAACAAGCGGAUCCAGUAAUAGCAGGAAUUCAACAAAAUGGCACGUUCGAUACACCACAUACGCAUCGGCCGAGGAAUACUUCCAGUCUUGAACACCAGGUUAAGCUAGGGACUCUCCCUCCAGACGACCUAGUGGACUCCAUGGUCGACAUCUACUUCAGUCAGAUCCACCCGUGGAUACCGAUGUUGCAUGCCCCAACAUUUCGGGGGUACCUGUCUAAUCCUUCAGGAAGAGCGCGAGUGUCGACAAUACUCCACGCUAUAGUAUCGCUAUGCGUACGAUUCUCAGACGACCCACGGCUACGGAACGCUCCAGAACUUCGUGCUCAAUAUUCGACCAGCUGCCGCCAGACGGUCAUACUUGCGAGUAUGGAGUCCUUUUCGGUUGAGAACUUGCAAGCGAUGACUAUCUGUGCGUUUGACAUUAUUGGGAGCGGUAGAGGUCCCUCGGCGUGGUCCAUAGUUGGCAGCAUGUCGAGAACGGUCGAACAGCUACGCCUCAGCACUGAGGAAGAGGAGACCCAGUCACGCCAGUCAAGGUCCAAGGCCCUGAUCGAAAGAGUGGCGUUUCUGCCCCCGGCGACAACUUGGGCUGAAUUGGAAGAGCGGCGCCGCAUCUUCUGGAAUGUUUUUCUCAUGGACCGCUUCUGCAGUAUCUGCACUGGAUGGAACUUCUCCUUGACCAGUGCUGAUGUCACGAGGAGGCUCCCUUGCGAGGGCGCUAUAUGGGAGACUGGAGAACCAAGUCAGACACCUACUCCGUACUUUGGAAUCUCGACUCGAUCCCACGACCGCGAGAAAGAUUAUUUGCCUGCCACUCGCGAUACUGAAGAUGGGCAGGCUUCUCUGGGAGGCUUCGCGUUUUGUAUAGAGGCGACCGAGAGUCUGAGCCUUGUCACGUCAUUCUUUCUUCAAUACAGAGUUGAUUUCAAGGAGGUCCACGAAGUACAGAGAUGGCUUAUGAGAUUCAAGCAGUUGGAUCUACGGCUCGUACAAUGGAAAUUCUUUCUGCCUGAGAAAUGGCGCAAGGCUUGCCAAUUUAACAAUGACGGCAACUUGGAUCCCAAUCUAGUCCUUGCGCACAUAGCACACAACACUGCAGUUGUCCUUCUACACCAGGGCUUGGCAUAUCCACCGGCAGAAUGGCAGUCUCUUCCUGUCAGACUGCCUUCUGCUUCUAGUGCAGAGACUUGCCAGGUCGCGGCUGACGAGGUUGCCACAAUCGCUGAGCAAUUCCUUGGUCACUCACAUAUACUUAUUAGUCCGCAGUUUUCUUUCUGUCUUUUUGUGUGCGGCAAGAUGCUGCUGACUCACGCCGCAUAUUACCAGUCCACUCUAACUUCAUCCUUUGACUCCAUUAUAUCAAGCCUCGAAGAGAUAUCUCGUAGGUGGAACGGGGACCAGCCUCCAGCCCGGGCCAAUCUGGCUUCCAAAUUCUGCUCGCGCCUUAGGAAGGCUCGUGUUGAUGGCUCUGGCGCGGUCGACAUCCGAGAAGCUUUCUCCGAGAAACCCUCAUCAAGAAGUUCGGGCCUCGAUUUUCGUAACACGGUGCUUAUACCGACGAGCACUUCAACUGAGGCAACGAUGCCAGGCGCGCUGGACGAAGAGAUCGGCCUUCAUAGUACUCAGACCGAGUCGCCCGAGAGCAUUUCUUUGGCUUUCCCACCACUUCCGCUAUCGUUUCAGAUCAGCAAUGCUACUCACGAUUCAAUCUUCAACGCGCCGGCAAAGUCAGACAACAACAUCGCAGAAGUGGUCAAUACAGACAUGAAUAUCGCCGCAAAUUGCUUGGAUUUCUAUGAUCUCUCAGAGCAGACGUUUCUUCCAUCAGAUCGCGUAAGUAUGCUGAGUCGUGCCAUGGAUGACUUAUCGCGCCGGCUUGAAGAGUUUGGCCCUUCCAUUCGAGAGCUGAUGAAGCUCGGCGGCACACCAGGCUUGAGUCUCUCGGUAGCGACAAAGAACCAGCCUGUUUAUCAUGCAAACUACGGCGUGCGUGACCUGGAGGCCGGACUUCCUGUCACACAAGACUCGAUAUUCCCAGUAUGCUCACUCGCCAAAGGCGUGUCAGCAGCGGCCAUGGGCAUAUUGGUGGAUGAGGGCACGGCAUCGUGGCAGAUGCUUGUUAAAGACGCAACACCCUCUUUCCAUCCAAAUAACAGUCAUCUCCAUAACAACACAACACUGGCCGACCUCUACAGUCACCGCAGUGGCAUGUCCUCAUGCGGAAACCUAGUUGGUGGUUGUGAGGGUAACAUCUUGAUCGGCAAGGACGACUGCAUGCGGGUCGUCAACCACCAGACUCUGGUCCCUGCGCAGCUCGGUUCAUUCAUGUACAAUAGCACUGCAUAUGAUGCUUGCGACGAGGCUUUCAGAAGCCUCAGCGGCGCCUCUCUGGAUGACUUCCUCCAGCGGAAGGUCUUCGACGAGCUAGGCUUACGAAGGACCUUCAUGAAGCCCCCGCCCACCGACAUGGACAACGUGACCAAGUCAUACAACGCUCUGGAUGAUGGCACACCAUGGUGCAUACCGGGACCCAAGCUGGGCGAGGACGGUAUCGCCUGCGGAUCUGGUGGGCUCUGGUCUUGCGCUGCUGACUUGAUCAAGCUCUAUGCGCACUUCGUCCAGAGUUUCAACCAUGAGUGUCAAACAGGCCAAACCUCUACACCUCGUUCACCGCUGAAGCAGGUAUCAAAGCUCAUGUCUGCUCAUGUGCCGAUGCUCGAGACUGGGUUGGGAGAAGUGUCUUACGGACUGGGAUGGGCCCGCGUGCAGCUACCAAACACCUUGGGACAUAUUGGCCUGAACGGCCGGCUGAUGCCACAUGGUAUGCCGGUUAUCGGAAAAGGAGUACAUGACGAACUGAUAUUUUAUCAUCAAGGCACGCUCCCAGGCGCUCUUGCGGUUGUUAUACUGAUACCCCGUACGGAAAGUGUCGUGUUGGUCAUGAGUAACUGUCUGUCGCUUACUGAUGUACCUGAUUGGGUAUCACAAAUGGUACUUGAAGAAAUCCUGGGCAUCCCGCUCAAGGAUCGCAUCGACUUUAUUGCAUACGCGAAGACGUCCAUUGCUAUCAACUUGGGAUGGCAUGACCGUAUUGUCCAAGGUCUCGUGCAGGGCCAACCGCAAGCCAUCAGACCUCACAAACUGUUGGAGUCAUACGUAGGGACAUAUGUCGAUGAGAGCCGUGUGUUCAGCGUCGUGGUCACUCUGAAAGAGGGAGUGCUGUUUUGGGCAUUCCAGGGAUUGGAUUCAGAAAGGUACAAGCUGACGCAUUACGACGGGGAUACAUUUACGUGGUUGCAACCACGAAACGACUUGUCGCGCCGCGGUAGAUGGGUAUUGGGAAAUGAUAACGAUCCGUCGUUCUGGAAGAUAGAGUUCGGUGUCGAUAGACAUGGUAGCGUAAACAGAGUGCUCUGGCGCCACGACGCCUCGCUUGAUCCCAUUGUCUAUUCACGAUAGUGGUAAACAAUGGCUUCUAUUGGUAUGUACAUUCUAUGUGCAAUCUCUUUCAUAGCCUGCUCUAAGAAUUGAAGUGAUAUUAAGCUACCAGCGCUAUCAGGUAUCCAACGUACAAUCUGCGGCCUAUGAUGAUGUUCCAUCCACCCCGGAUACUCAAUCUGAGAUUGUGGAAUGUAGCAGACAUAGAAUGAUGCAAG